AUGGGCUUCAAUGAGCCUGAUUGCUCAGGGGCUGAUGUAUCUGCAGACAUUGACGUCAAUAUAGGGGUUAGCUUGUGGAACAGUCUGAUUGCCCCCAUUGGCCAGAAAGGUGCUGUGCUCGGCAGCCCGGCUAUGUGUCGCCAGAAGGACGAGUCUUGGCUCAAGCAGUUCGACCAGCAGCAACUCACCAAGAGCUGGGACUUUACAUCCAUUCACAUCUUCAAACCGGACAUGGCGGGCGUGCAGGCCGACAUCGACUACUACUGGAACACCUAUCAGAAGCCGCUUUGGGUGACGGAGUUUGCGUGCGUCUUUGACCAAAACAACUUUACGCCAUGCACGGAUCAGAACCAGAUCAACCAGUGGAUCAGCGAUAUUGUGGAUCUGUUUGAGGCCAACGAGCAUGUUUUGGCGUAUGCGUACACUGACGGCCUCGGCUUGGGCUCGGUGUGGCCUCCGGUGAAUAGCGAUGGGGGCCUCUCUCAGUCGGGCCAGGCAUAUCUGAAUGCAAUUAGUAAAUAUCACUAA